CGUCUUAACCUCAAACAUUCGAACUUUUUCUGUUUUCAUAAGUAUUUGUGCCUGAACAUAAUCAGAAAUGGAAAUCACUCAAACCGAACUAGAUUUAAGCAAAAUUUGCCAUGCGUGUCUUUCUUUCAACACAAAAGUUAAACAAUUUACAGAAUCGGAUCCGGAUCUCGCCCACAUUUUGCAGAUUUUCAAGGAAUGCACUUCUUUGGAGUUGGAUGAGGAUGUAAAUGUACCUUUAUCUUUUUGCAAAACGUGUAUAUUCAAAGUUGAAGAGUUUUUUUCGUUUAGAGAAAUGUGUCUUAAGUCGCAUGAUACAAUUCAGACUAUUGUAAACCAACCUGAGAACAUAAUUGUUUGUGAAGAGAAAGAUGAAAUGCAUGUAAUAAAGUUGGAAGAAAUAAGCGAAGAUACAGAAGUCGUCAAAAAUGAAGAAAGCACGGAGAUAGAGGAGAAGGAAGAUUUAGAUUCGAAUUGUUAUGAGGAAAAAGAAGAAGAAUGCCAUUACAAGUGUGUUAUUUGUCGAGAAGACUUCAAUGACAGAGAAUCAUUCAACAAACAUAACAACGUUGUUCACUGCACAAAUGACUACAAAUGUUCACUUUGUUCUGAAGGUUUUACCAAUCCUUUCCUUUUGACAGAACAUUUGAAAAUCCACAAAAACGCGUCUGGAAUUGUCGGCAAGUUUUUCGGUUGCGGCAGAUGCGACAAAACGUAUAACACCCUACAAAACCUGCAAGUUCACGUGUAUUCGCACCUCGGCCUUCGCCCCUACAAAUGCCAAUUCUGCCCUAAAAGUUUCACAAAACACACAGCUCUGAAAACCCACGUAGGCAUCCAUUCAGGCCUCCGGAAAUACACAUGUACUGAUUGUGGCAAAGGUUACGGUUACAGGCGGGAACUGCGGCGCCACCAAAUGGUCCACACGGGGCUCCGCCCUUUCAAAUGCGAACAGUGCCCCACUACGUUCACUUUUGCGCGAGAUUUAACGAUUCAUAUGAGGAUCCAUACGGGGGAAAAACCCUAUUUGUGUCCCACGUGUGGCAAGGCCUUCAGGCGCAUUUACCAUCUCACUGUGCACAAAAGAAUACACACUGGGGAAAAACCCUACAAGUGCAGUUUUUGCGACAAGUCGUUUGCCCAGAAGGGCGAUUGGAAAGCUCACGAAAGACUCCAUACAGGGGUGAAGCCCUAUGUGUGCCAAGUGUGUGGGAAGAGUUUCAACCAAUCAAGUGCUUUGACUACUCAUAUGAAAACACACGUGUACAAGCAGUGGACCUGCGAGGUUUGCAGUAGGACUUUCCUCAGACAGGGAAGUUAUAACAAGCAUAUGAGCACACAUAAGGGGGCCCACACGACUAAUUAAUUGUAUUUCUGUGAAACGAACUUGAUAUUUUUGUGACUGUAAAAAUCGGUUAAAUACAGUUUCGGUUUGUAAUCAGUUUUGACUUUGUAUCGGGAAAAAAUAGCUUCAAAUAUCUGAUAAAAAAGUUCGAUUACGCUCAGUAUUGAGCCUCCCAAACAUAGACCGAUGAGGCCGCCAACUGAUGCUGAAAUUCCUCGUUACUUAAACUGUGACUAAAACUAGGUUUUUACCAAGAAUUAGUUCCCAAGUUAUGAAAACACUUUUUUGCAGUUUCGUGCAAGAUACUUUUUCGAAAUAAACUUGUAAAACGCU